AACAGAAACAGGGCCGAGUCUUGUUCCUUGUCUUUCCUCCGGAGUUUCUCGCUCAGUUGCAACAUUUCACGCGGCGAUAAGGCGCAGAGCUGAGGGAAGAGACGGACAGGCUUUUAGCGCUUUAAUAUUGAAUUAUGAAAAUGGGCUCAAAUCGCUGCUUUCGGCCGACGUUAUUGAGUUGUCUCCUGAUCUGCGUCACUUUGUGGAGCAACCUGAGCGCCGGGGUGUUUGCCAAAUCAUACCGGAGACCAAACAUUGUUCUGAUCCUCACCGACGACUUGGACAUCGCUAUCGGGGGUCUGAGUCCACUUAACAAGACGAAAAAACUAAUUGGAGAUGCAGGGAUAACGUUCACAAAUGCAUUUGUUGCCAGCCCGCUGUGCUGCCCCAGCCGGGCCAGUAUCCUGACGGGGAAAUACCCGCACAACCACCACGUCAUCAACAACACCUUAGAGGGAAACUGCAGCAGCAAAGCCUGGCAGAAGAGCGAGGAGGCCAACACCUUCCCCGCCCUACUGAAAGCCUCCGCAGGCUACCAGACCUUCUUCGCAGGGAAAUACCUCAACCAGUAUGGGCACUCGGAGGCCGGUGGAGUGGAGCAUGUUCCUCCAGGCUGGAGCUACUGGAUCGGACUGGAGAAGAACUCUAAAUAUUACAACUACACGCUGUCGGUGAACGGGAAGGCUCAGAAACAUGGAGCAGACUACAGUAAAGAUUACCUGACAGACGUACUGGCCAACAUGUCCCUGGACUUCCUCCAGUAUAAAUCCAGCUUCUCGCCGUUCUUCAUGAUGGUGUCCACGCCGGCCCCCCACUCCCCCUGGACCGCAGCCCCUCAGUACCAGGACAGCUUCAACAGCACCAAGGCUCCCAGAGACCCCAACUUCAACGUCCACGGGAAGGACAAACACUGGUUGAUCAGACAGGCGAAAACCCCCAUGUCCAACUCGUCUGUUCAGUUUCUGGACGACGCCUUCAGGAAACGGUGGCAAACUCUGCUGUCGGUGGACGACCUGGUGGAGAAGAUAGUGAAGAGGUUGGAGGUCAGAGGUGAACUGGACAACACCUACAUCUUCUUCACCUCUGACAACGGCUACCACACCGGUCAGUUCUCUCUUCCUCUGGAUAAGAGGCAGCUCUACGAGUUUGACAUCAGGGUCCCUCUCAUGGUCCGAGGACCAAACAUCAAGCCCAACCAGACCAGCCAGAUGCUGGUGGCGAACGUCGACCUCGGUCCGACCAUCCUGGACAUCGCCGGCUACGACGUCAACAAGACGCAGAUGGACGGCAUGUCCUUCCUGCCCGUCAUGGAGGGGAGGAUGAACAGCAGCAGCUGGAGGACAGACAUCCUGGUGGAGUAUGAAGGAGAAGGCAGCAACGUGACCGACCCCGCCUGUCCUCUGCUGGGACCCGGAGUGUCGGAGUGUUUCCCAGACUGUGUGUGCGAGGACUCGUACAACAACACCUACGCCUGCGUGCGAACCGUCGCCCCCUCUGCCAACCUGCAGUACUGCGAGUUUGACGACAACCAGGUGUUUGUAGAAGUCUACAACGUGACCGCCGACCCCUACCAGCUGACCAACAUCGCAGGCUCCAUCGGCCAGGACUUUCUGGAGAAGAUGAACCACCGGCUGAUGAUGCUGCAGUCCUGCUCGGGGCAGUCAUGUCGGACACCCGGCGUCUACGAUCCAAGGUAUAAAUUUGACCCCCGACAGAUGUUCACCGGCCACAGCUGGCGGCUCAGCAGACUCCGACAGACGAUGAAAUAAGAACAGACGGAGGAAGAAGGGCUGUGUCGUGCGUCUGUAUUCAGCCUUUCCUGCUGUUGCUGCCUGUUUGUUUUCAGGCCUCCUGAGCCAGUCGCUUCCACACACGGAUCGAGAAGGGAUCAGGUGGGGUCAUAUUUUUUGGGUGGUGGGUUGCCAUGGAGACAGGAGGCCUUUCUGGGUGCAGGACCUACCUUUUUUUUUUUUUUUUUUUAAAGCUUUCAGUGUGGGCUGCUGUUUAGUGAGUUUGUCAGUAGGUGUCGCAGCAAAGCCAAAUUAUUAAGGAUGGAUUUACUUUUUAUAAAAUGUCUGUUUUCUCUGUAACACUUUAUUUUACAGGUUCUGGAUUUUACAGAUAAGUUCGUGGAAACUUUCCUCACAAUUUCCUUAAAAAAAAAAAAAAUACAGCUGUGAAUUGCAAUGUUUCCAAGAACAUCUGGCACAAUUUGAUACUAAUUAUAAAGGGAAAUGGAAAAAGUGUUGUUUGCUACAGUUGUUCAGUACCUGCUUGAUGUAUUCAAGUUUUUAGGAAAAGAAGAAGAAAUUAUGUAGCAGGUGAGAAAUAGUUCAACAAGAUAAUCAGAUAGAAAAUGUACCAAACUGAGUCACUUUAUUUUGCACAUCUGGUCUGUGGAAAUGACGUUUCUAAGUAGAACUAAUGAGUUUGUUUCUGGAGCGUAUUUUAUUUGUUGAUCAUUGUCAGUUUAAAAACACAAAACUAAGGCAUUUCCAGUGCAGCUGAAAACCAAUAAUUCAACCAAUAUGCAGCAUAAACGUCAGUUACAUGAAUAUGUACAGAUUAGCAUAAUUAUUAGCAUUAUCUGUAACAUAUGGCAGCUCAAAGCCAGGAACAAUCUGACACUAUAAAACUCUGAUGGAUAUUUACGUCUGUUUAUUAUUUAUUUUUUAUUUAACUACCACAUUAUUUCCUAGUUUGUGUUUCUUUCUUAAAAACUUGACCAUAACGAGCAGGUGCCUAAUUAUCAGUAGCAACUUACACUUUCUCUAUUUCCCUUAUAAUUAAUACCAACUUGACAGCUAUAAAAACCAGCUCAUUUUUAUGAAAUCCUGAGGAAAGUUUCCUGUAAAAUAAGGGAUCAAUAAAAUAAAGGGUUAGCAGAAAAUCAUGUCAGUGAUCCAAACAGUGUUUUUCAUUUACUUGUGUAAACACAGGCCGUCUGGUUCCUUUUUGGUGCAUUCAUUUGGUCCUUAAGAGCUUGUAGGUUUACCACCAAGAAGCUGUACACAGAUGUUUGGGAAAGACGUAUUUCUAGAGGUUAUUUCAAUUAAUUGAUGAAGCAGUUUUUCUUCCCUUUCUUCAAUUAAUAAUUAAGCCUAGAAAAUUAAAUAUAAUGAAAAUAUGGUGAAAAAAAUACUCCAAAGUUUGUAAAUUGGCAAAAACAGAAGAGAAAGAGAAAAAUCUCAAAUCUAAAAAGCUCAUUUUUAUUACAAUAAAUCAAAAUUAGCGAUUAAUUAGCUGUUGAUUAACUCUCCACUCAACAUCAGCUAACGAUCUGCCAGGUUACUGGUAAAUAAAUACAGUAUAUACGACACUUCUGACCUUUAUUUGUCUGUGAUAACGUACGUAACUGAUUUUACCAGCUGAUCAAGAACAUCAGAGACGUUUAAUUGAUCAUUUCAAACUUCACAAGUUGAUGACGACCAAUCGAAUGCAGCAAAAACAAUCCUGUGUGAGACAGUAAAGGUUCGGUCACAUCACUCUUCUGUUCUGUUAAACAGCCCCGAAAAAUUGUUAGAAAUAAAUACUGAUCAGAGUGACACAUCCCUCUGUUGACUGGUAAAAUGAUAAAAUAAUAACUUUACUUUGUUUCUGUUGGAACAUCCGCUCAGUUAAAGUCAAAUACAGGUGAAUUCUCACCUGUGAGUCGGAGCUGGACAUCACAGCCAAACAGGAAACACCUGAAUUCAUCUGUUGUGCAGGUUUCAAUAGAUAUGAACGGGAACAAAUACUCACAUGAUGGAAGAGUAACGUGACUGUACCUGGAGUAAAUGGAGAGAAAAAAAAAAAAAGAGCGCCAC